GUGCAUUAUUACAGCAUCACUAUUGAUAGUCAUGAAUAAUUUCUUUAAACACACUUGCCUGACACCCUGGAAGAAAGUCGCUUUAAGGGUUCAAGAUGCAGUUAUUUUCAUGGACAAUCCUUGUGCGGAAUGCUUGCAUUGGUGUGGAGGAGCAGAUCUUUUAUUUGAAAGUGGAGCCACUAACAUAAGAGAAUUUUCUGCAUUUGAGAGUGGAACAGAAAAGCAGGAAAAAGCUGUGUUUAUCAUAAGCUCACCUCUUACUGGGAAGACAACAUAUACUAUAGAAAAUAUUUUGUCUGCGAGUUCUUUUAAUAACUGUUUGGUGAUCACAACUCUAGAGCCUAAGUUACAUCAAUAUGCUUCAGGGGAAGAAAAUCUGAAAGAGGAUGAAAGAACUUUCGAAGAUCUGGAGCAUGAACUACAAAAAUGGAUGGGUGACACCAAUGUGCAAACCGAAAUCCUUCAUCUCCCCAUAUUCAUGGCACCAAUGUUUGAAAACUUAUUUCUGACGCCUUCAUUUGAUGCAUUUUUUCCUGUUCAACACAAAGAUCUAAUUGAACUGAAUAUGGAAGAUUCUGGUAGAAGCACAAUUAAUCUUAAAGAUCUCCAUUUCUACAUGUGUCCUCGUGAAUACAGAACUCUUGUUCGAAUGUUGACAUCAUCUUUACGACAAUGUUUCCACUCUAUAGGUUGUAAAGAAGAAAUAUUUGCACUUGGGCCAACAAGCCACCUGUGUUCAGUACAGCUUUCCAAUAUGGUAAAUCAACAAAAAAACACUUAUCCAGGGAAAAUCGGUGUCCUUUUCAUUGACAGAACUUUAGAUUUGAUUGGCCCAGCAUCCCAUGGGGAACGAUGUUUAGUUGAUCAAUUACUGGGAAUUUUGCCCGGCCUUCCUGCUCAUUGUAACAAUGUGUCAGUUGAUAUGUCAAUUUUAUGUGAUGCUUGUCCUGAAGAUGUUGAUGAUACAAUUGUGUAUCCUGGUUGUUUGGUUCCAGAUACAGAUGAAAGCCCUAUUCUUGCUGAAGCUUGUGGAGUAAAAAGUGUAAAAGCAGUUUCACAAAUUCGAAACCAAUUGCUUAAAGCAGUCACAGAAGAAGGUCUUAAUGAAGAUGGUGAUAUUUCAACCAAUGAACCUAAUCCUGCUGAUAAUAUUGAAAAUCUAGUUGGUGCUUUCAAAAGAAAUGCUGGUGCUGUUCUGUACAAUAGUGCACUACUUCAAUUUGGUUUGGCCACUGCCCAACUGUUAAAAGAUGAAUCUUGUGAAAGUUGGGAAACAUUGGCUUUGACGGAGAAACUAAUUCUUCAGCAGUUGGGAGAUGAUGAUGUCUCUAAUAUUUUGGAUCAAAUCACCAAACUUGCUAAGGACGAUUCAACUACUUUUGAAGAAUUGUUGUCUUUAAUGAUUUAUGCUUCUUAUGCAUUUAAAAGUCACAUAGAUACUGAUGUGUAUGAGAAUUUGUGCGAUUCUCUUUGUGAGAUCAUUUCCAACACCCAGUGUGAGGAUCUCCCAGAGCACUUCAUGACUUCUUUUAAGCUCUCUGAAGAAGACCUGAAAAACAAAGCCAAAUUAACUCACGCCGUCUACAGAACUUUGAACAACCUUGAGAAAAUCGUCGUAAAUGAUUUGCAUCUGUUUCAUAUAUUGAAAUUUGGCAAAGUUGAGCCCCCUUCUUACCAACCUCUGCUAAGUCAAGUUAUUGAGCGAAUAUUCCAUCCACUAAAACCAGAUCUUGAUCCUGACAUUGAGCAUAUUACAACUGGUCGCAAAGACUUACUUAAAAUGGGAAUGAGUAUGUUCCGAAAAGUCACUCCUCCCAGACCAUGUGAUUUUCCUACUUUAAUAAUAUAUGUUAUAGGAGGCAUUACAGCUACUGAGGUUUCACAAGUCAAUGAUGUUUUACGAAAGUUUAAGUCAAAUCAAUGUGAAGUUAUACUUGGAUCAAACAGAUUAACUUCACCAUCCGAUGUUGUCGACAGAACUUUGUUUACAGAUAACCUAAAUCCGGAUUUCUUUUUGUAAUAAGCGUUUGUGGUUGCGCUCUUUUAUCUGUGAAAUGAGUUGCAAAUUUCGUGGGACAUCAUCAGCUUCUGGUGUAUAUAUUGUGCAAUAAAUCAAGUACGGUAAUGUCACGUA